CUAAUUUUAAAGUUAAUAGUGUAAUUAAAAAAGUAGGAGCUGCUAAGCCUUGUUUCCAUUCAGCUUAUCAGUAUCUCUCCCAAUUACAUGGCUCUCAACUGUGUACUCUUCUUCCUCCUCGCCACCUUUGCCACCACCGUCUCCGCCACUGACCACAUCGUCGGAGCUAACAAAGGUUGGAACCCCGGCAUCAACUAUACUCUCUGGAGUAGCAACCAAACAUUCUACGUCGGUGACCUAAUCUCAUUUAGGUAUAAAAAGACACAACAUAACGUGUUUGAAGUGAAUAAAAAUGGAUAUGAUAACUGCAUAAUAGAGGGUGCAUUUGGGAAUUGGAGCAGUGGAAGAGAUUUCAUUUUGCUGAACAAGUCCAAGAGGUAUUACUUCAUUUGUGGCAUUGGCGGCUGCUCUGAUGGUAUGAAGGUUUCUGUUGUAGUUCACCCUCUUCCACCUCCUCCACCGUCACCGUCAGCCAUCGCCGCCAUGCAUUCUUCCGAAAAGGCAGCUGCUCCGACGACAGUUGGUGGUUUCGAGUCACUGGUUGUAAGGUUGAUGUUGGUUGGAUUGAUGGUAUAUGGAUGUGGUAGGAUUUAACGAGUUUCGGCCAAGAAUCCUAUGCUAGUUAGCUGUGUUAUGAAAUUGCGGCAGCCAGUGUUUAAAAUCACUUGUUUGUAAUUGUCAUUUUGAUUCAACUUCAUGUAUUUAAUUUGUUGCUGUUCUGUCAUUUUAGUUGAAAUUAAAUUUGUUUUCACUAUCAAAGAUUUCUGUUGUAAGUUUA